GAUCCAAUACCACGUCAACUUGCCUUCUGUAAGCUAUAACGGAGUUCCGUCUUAAAAGCUUGUUCGUUUGGUGGCUACAGGAGCGCCUGCUGGCAAUCUCACCGCCACGGUAAGCACCGAGUGUCAGAUAAACAAAUGAGACAGCCAUAAAAAGCUGACACAGGCCUGGGCGAAGCCAGAACUUCGCAAAUCUCAAGCAAGCAAGCAAGGGACCAGGCUGCCAGAGGGACGUUCAGGACCAUACAAGACGAAGGUCAAGAUAAGCCACCUCUCUGUUUAAUUCCUCACCAGUGAACUUGUUCUAACACCAAGAGAUUAGCAGCGGUCACGCGAACUCACUCACUCUCCUCACCAUGGCCAUGAGAAACGGGAGGCUAUAAGACUUAUGGAAGAUUUCCCAAAUGGACGUCUACAUUAAGUGUAGCUGCGGUUGGUGGCCUGUUCACGUAAAUCCCGAAGACACAAUUGAAAAUGUGAAGUGCAAGAUUGAAACGCAAUAUCCAUUUAGGAGAUAUGUAAGAUAUGAAACUGGUCUUCCAUUUCUCCUUUGCCGUAUCUGGAACAUACUGAUCUCCUCCAUCUUCCCUACAUACCAUCAAUUUAGCAGACCAGCCAUUGAACUCUCUGUCGUAAAUGCCACUUGUAAAAUCAUUCGCGUCGCAGUGGAUGUGCAUUCAAAAAUUUUAGACCUCAAGCAGGAAAUAGCCAGGUCGGAAGGGUUUGCAGUCAGUCGACAGAUCCUGCGAGUGGGGAACGAAGUGAUGCAAGACGAGAAAACACUGAGGGAAUAUGGCAUUGAGGAACAUGCCGUCCUUUGGUUGGAGUUUCAGUCAUCCAAAGUGUGCUGUGUGCUACUGGAACGAGUCGCUUCCUUUGUCUUAGGGAUUGGGGUAUUCCUGCAAGCGUAUUUGUUUGUUUUGUUGCAUCAAGUGAUAGAACGUAUAUGUGAUCUGCUGAUAUAGUAGAUUGCGUGUGUGAGUGUGUAUCCGAGUGCAUGCGUGUGUGCAGAUGUAUUUCUGUAAUUUAUAUCUAAGGUUACGUUUACAAUAUCAUUCCAGUGUAUGUUCAGCUUUUUCACGGAUAUAAUAGCAUUUAUUACACAUAAGUAUUUUUCCGUAUUUUGUAUCAACUUAAAAGUAAGAUGUAUGAUGUAUGUUACAUUCAUUUACAAUAAAUCGGUUUCUUAGAAUAAUAUUAUUGA